AUGCUCGUUUUGCAUGUACAGAAGGCAAAAAUGGGAGGAUUUAACCUGGAAGUUUUUGAUGCGAAAGAGCCAACUCGUUCGAUUAUUACGCUCGAUAAUCUUACCGGUGAUGAAACGGUGCUUGCCAUUAAAAAGCGAAUAGCGCAGAAAAAAUUGAAGUUAACUGUGGAACGACAAUCUGUACGUGUAGAGCCAAAAGGAAAACCUAUCCCAGACGAGAAGCAAAUCAAAGAACUCGGUUUGGCUGCGCAAAACGCCCAUCUAUACGUAAGAGAUCUUGGGCCGCAAAUCCCUUGGAAGACAGUCUUUUUACUCGAGUACGCCGGUCCUCUCCUGAUCUAUCCGCUCUUCUACAUCCGUCCUGGAUUCAUCUAUGGAGAAGGAGCGUCCGACCGAGAAUACCAUUUGGCGGUUACUUAUGCAUUCAUCUGUUGGUCCUUCCAUUACGCCAAACGUCUAUUCGAAACCGAAUUCAUUCAUCGGUUCAGUAAUGGAACCAUGCCGAGAUUUAAUCUUGUAAAGAACUGCUCGUAUUAUUGGGGAUUUGCUGCCUUUGUUGCUUACUUCGUUAACCACCCAGAUUAUCACCCUCCAUAUUUUGGCGAUUUUCAAGUAUACUUGGGACUGAUCGGUUUUGCGAUUGCUGAGUUUGGAAACCUUUCAAUCCAUAUUCUUCUGCGUAAUCUUCGUCCACCUGGCACUCGUGAACGCCGGAUUCCCCGCCCAGACGGCAACCCAAUGAGUUUGCUCUUCAACUUCGUUUCGUGCCCUAAUUACACAUACGAAGCACUUUCAUGGUUGUUCUUCACCAUCAUGGUUCAAAGCCUCCCUAGUCUUUUCUUCACCAUUGCUGGAUUCGUACAGAUGACUAUUUGGGCCCAAAAUAAGGAUCGUGCGUACAGAAAGGAGUUCCCCGACUAUCCGAAAGAUAGAAUGGCCAUUGUGCCGAUGACCGAGUUGCAAGCGGUCCUGUUAUGUAGUGGUUCUGGUAGUCGCAUGACUGAGCUAUGUGAUAGUAUGCUUAAAUUUCUGUUGCCAAUUGCUGAUGUGCCCAUGUUUUGGUUUCCGCUGAAUACAUUGUUGAAUUCAGGAGUGAAAGACAUCAAAAUUUUUGUUCGAGAAGAUGGUGAAUCAGAAGUGCGUCACCUGCUCACUACACCACUUUUCGAUUUUCCCUCCGCAUCUAUCGAAGUGGUUCCUGUAUCACGUGAAAACGAAGAGUGGGGCACAGCAGAUGUUCUGCGCAACAAUGCAGCUAAAAUUACACGCGAUUUCAUUGUGAUGUCUUGCGACUUCAUAACGGAUGCACGGCUACAACCUAUGAUUGACCAGUUUCGUGCGCAUAAUGCAACGUUUUCUUGCCUUCUUAGUGAAAUGUGUGCUACAGGACCUGUUCCAGGACCGAAAAUACGUCGAGGGAAAGGUCGAGACUUUGUUGCACUUGAAGAAUCCACAAGUCGGAUAGUGUACAUGACAUCCGAGGAGGAUUUUGACCAACCUGUGAAUGCAGAGUCUUGGAUGAACAAAUUUUCUAAUGUGAGUCUGACUGCACGAUAUGUGGACUGUCACGUGUAUUUCAUGCGACAUUCUUGCUUAGGCAUGAUUACGAGACAAAAUAAUUUUGCAUCUUUGAAGGCAGACUUUGUUCCUUACUUAUUGGCUAAGCAGUAUUCAUUAUCUAACGGAGAUGUUGAAGCACCAAAAUGUAUGGCUUACUUGCUUCCACAUGGUAAUGCUACCGUCUCAGCUCACAGCAACAAUUUGGGAUCCUAUUUCGAAGUGAACAAAUCGAUACUAAAAUGCUUACCUCGCAUAUCGUCCAAACUGUAUACUGGUCAAAUUUUCGAUGGGAGGUCUACUGGUAUUCAUACUAAUGAGAGUUUGGUGGCCAAGGAUGCUCAGGUUGGUGAACGUACUCUGAUCAAACGUAGUGUGAUCGGGUCACGGUGCAUCAUUGGUGAAAAGUCGAAUAUUCAAGGUAGUGUUGUGAUGCAAGGAUCGUCGAUUGGCAAAGGCGCUAAAAUAACACUAAGUAUUAUUUCCCCUGGUGUGGUUGUGGGAGAUAACGCCGAUCUCAACAGCGUUAUUGUUACGAAGGAUCAGAAAGUUAGCGCUAACGCUAAAAUUCAAAAUGAAGUUGUUGACUUCGAUGAUGAGGAUAACGCGUGGGAGAAUGGUCUUUAA